AUGCUUGCUACAGCUGCUCUCACGCGCCGGGCCGUCCAGACGAGGUCCUGCAAGGCAGCUGCCCUCACAGUGCGCACAUGCAUAGUGCUUUCAUGCUUUGCCUUGCUCUACGCGGCCCAUGCAGCCCAUAUGGCGGCAUCGCGCUAUGAGCAGAAGGUGUCAGCCACCCUGCAGCAGAUCUUGGAAGCCCAAGCUCGAGCCGCGGCUGACACUGCUGAGUCCGAGUGGCAUAGAGCCAAGGCGGCAGAGGAUGCAGCUGCAGAGGCACGAGACGAAGCCGAAGCUGACACGGACGCAGCGGCUGCAGAGUCUGACCGUGCAGAGGAGGUCGAGGACAACGCCAAGGCUGCCACUGACGAGACCAAUGCUGACAAGGAAGAGGCUGAAGCAGAGACCGAGUCAAAAAAGGUCGCUGCCGAUGAGACUGCAGCUGACUCGGAGCAGGCUGGAGCUACAGCAGAAGGUGCAAAAGCUUCGGAGGAAGAAGCUGAGGCAGAAGCAGACGAGGCUGCGGAGGUGGUACUCUCCGUUGUGCCGGGCGUCGACGUAGUUGCGGAUACUGCGGGUACUGCAGUGGCAGGCGGCUUGCAAGCCACGGCAGCAGCCGACACAGCUGAAGCAGCUGAGUUGGAGGGCGAGAGCAUGUCUGAAUGGGCAGCCAAAUUGGAAGCCGAGGCAGAGCUUGGGCAGACCAGGGCCGCCGAAGCGGCAGUGGGCAAUCGAGCGAUCCGCAACCGUGCCGCUGCCAAGGAGGCAGAGGAGGAAGCGGAGGCAGAGGAAGCCGACGAAGAGAGUGAGAGAGCCCACAAGGCAAAAACGGAGGAAGAUGCUGCGAAGCAAAAGGCCAAAGCGGCGCAGGAGAAGGCGGAUGCAGAGCAAGCGCGAGCACAUGCGGUUUGCAAGUUCGUGGAUCUUAUCGAUUUCUCUAUCGAGGCAAUCCUCUUUGCGCUCUUGAGCCUAGCAUUUGCCGUCCUACCAGCACUGUUCCUACUUGGGAAGUGGGUUGCAUCAGCUUGCCGAUUUGGUGGUUGGCUUGUGCUGCGCCCAUGCCAGACUCUUGCCGCUGGGGGAUCGAGGCAGUUUGUUGAGUGCCUGCAUGGCCUGACGUUGGCUCUCAUGGCAUUUAGAUUUCUGCUUCCGGUUGUUGCCGCGGCAGUAAGAAAGCUGGGGCACGACGAGCUCCGACUCGGCAACUUCAAGGACACUCACAAGAGCGCAGCAAUCAUGCUCCACAACUUCGAGAUCCUGGCUCCGACCAUUAAGCAGGGUUCAGCGGACAUGGCCUGCAUGGCUGGCCUGGUGUCAGCUGCAGGGUCGGCAUGUUGUCGUUGGCAGUGGGCCCCGCCCCCUCAGGAGAUGCUGGAGCAGCAGGAAACAGGCCAGCCACAAAGAGAGUCUCGCGGAAUUUGGGUUUGCCUGGCUGAUGCGGCAUUGACGCUGCUGGAAGGCACGAUCAGUGUUGUUGAAGGCGCAAUGACCAUCGGUGCGGGUUGGAUGCUGAGCUCCCUCUUGAUGUUUGCUUUAUGCGUGUGUGAGCUGGCAGUUCCAUAUGCGUUGCCAAGGGCUAAGACCUUUGUGGCGCAUUGGUGGUUCUGGCUCAUGUACUCCAUCGUGGUGUUGGUGCUGGCCGAUGUGGCCUAUGUCGUGAUCCACCUCCGUCCUUGGUGUCGACGUGGAGAUCUCAAGGGAGUCCAGGAGGCUCUGCUGCCACAGUAG